AUGAGGAGUGGUGACAAUUUUUCGGAACAGAGCCGUGCUUUAUAUUUACGUCAGGCGAUGUCUGCGGCAGCCAGCGAAGCGACGCAGCCAUCUUCCUUUGCACUUUCAUCCGCAGUCGAAAGUGGAGGAGGCUACAGGUCCGAACGUGAUCGUAUGAACGCGACAGGAGGAGCGGCUGCAGGAACUCAUCAGAAUAGGAUCAACUCGUCGUCCUCUGGCGUAAACCUGCAACAGGAUUCAUCUGGCCGCGGAGGUAUCAGAUUGCCUUUCUACGGUGUUGCCCCUCCACCGCCUCCAGUUUCGUCCGCGCGUCAUGCGCCCCCUAGUUUGUCCCGCUUCGGCGCCGAUCGACAAGGAUCUGCCCAGCGAGAUGGCGAGGACCCGCGUGGCGGGGAUCUAGUCGGCAAGUACCAACACCAAGACGCAUUAGACCAAUUUUUUCGAUUAGAUCAACAUGAUGGCGCAGCAGGAGACAGCAUCAUGCAGCAAGAGCAAGUAGACGGUGGAAUGCAAAUAGUUCAUAGUAAAGAACUGCGG